CACAUGUGAUCAUCACCAGUAGCAGAUUUGUAGAACACGUGCAAUCAUUACCAGUAGCAGGCUUACAGAAUACACAUGUGACCAUUACCAGUAGCAGGCUUACAGAAUACACAUGCAUGACCAUUACCAGUAGCAGGCUUACAGAAUACACAUCCAUGACCAUUACCAGUAGCAGGCUUACAGAAUACACAUCCAUGACCAUUACCAGUAGCAGGCUUACAGAAUACACAUCCAUGACCAUUACCAGUAGCAGGCUUACAGAAUACACAUCCAUGACCAUUACCAGUAGCAGGCUUACAGAAUACACAUCCAUGACCAUUACCAGUAUCAGGCUUACAGAAUACACAUCCAUGACCAUUACCAGUAGCAGGCUUACAGAAUACACAUCCAUGACCAUUACCAGUAGCAGGCUUACAGAAUACACAUCCAUGACCAUUACCAGUAGCAGGCUUACAGAAUACACAUCCAUGACCAUUACCAGUAGCAGGCUUACAGAAUACACAUCCAUGACCAUUACCAGUAGCAGGCUUACAGAAUACACAUGUGACCAUUACCAGUAGCAGGCUUACAGAAUACACAUCCAUGACCAUUACCAGUAGCAGGCUUACAGAAUACACAUGUGACCAUUAACAGUAGUAGGCUUACAGAAAACACAUCCAUGACCAUUAACAGUAGCAGGCUUACAGAAUACAUAUCCAUGACCAUUACCAGUAUCAGGCUUACAGAAUACACAUCCAUGACCAUUACCAGUAGCAGGC